CGGUCACACGAGGGCCCCCAAAUUGCCAUGCGGCCUGCGUUACUUAGUCCGAACUAUGAUGACCCGGCUCGAAGUACAUUGGAAUUUGUUGAUGACAGUGUUUACUAUGACGCUAUGUGCUUGUCCUUCAUCUGUUAUGUUUCACGGCUGGCCGUCUCAGCUGAUUCAGAUCCAACCACCGACUAUUGCCUGAUGUUUGUACGUUGUAGCGAAAUUCCGGUCGGAGAGUAAAUCUUGGAGAUCGUCAUCAGCGCUCAGACUGCGAGAGGGAAAGGCCGCUGUCACAAAGUUCGUGCUUGGAGUCCUAUCGGACCAGGGCGAGAUCUGUGAUAUUGUACAGAGGCCAGACCAUCCAAUCAUCACCCAUCUUCUGCACACAAAUAGUAGUUGCAUGACAGAGCUGACUUUCUACCCGUGACGAAUGGGGAUCAAGAAGGCUGCCGUGUUGCUUGUUUUGUGCGGCGGCCUGUCUAGCGCGCAAAUAGUAUUUCACCGAAAGAAUCGCGAUGAUUUGACGAUUCUUUACCAAACAGGCCUUCCCUUUUCUGACAGCUUAUUCGGCCGGGUUCUCCGCUCGAGUCAUGGAGACUGCUGCCGGCUCAGGUGGAGGUCUCUACCGAGGGCUUUGACACCCAUACCACAGUACACCGGAGAAGCUAACCCAUUACCUUAUGCUCGGGUCGCGUUAGCAGGAAUCUAGUUCCUGGGUAGGUUUCGCUUCACUUG